UCAGUGGGACUACUUCAGCUCACACUUUAAAUAUUCUACUUAGUGUAAUAGAUGAGAUUUCAUUGUUAACAACCACUUUCAUAUAUAGCCAACUUAAUUCAUCUCUUAGAGUAUUCUCGUACAUUAAAGUUUAAGGCAUAGACAUGGGAAUCAAGGUUCAUGGAAUCCCUCACGGUGCAACCCUUCGUGUUUUGGCGACUCUUCAUGAAAAGGAAAUCGAUUUCGAGUUAGUUCCCAUUGACAUGAAAUCUGGUGCUCACAAGCAACAACCUUUUCUUUCUCUUAACCCUUUUGGUCAAGUUCCGGCAUUUGAAGAUGGAGAUCUAAAGUUAUUUGAAUCGAGGGCAAUUUCAAAAUACAUAGCAUUCAACUAUGAAGGAAACGGAACUUCUCUAUUUUCAAACAAAGAUGCAAAGCAAAUCGCUGACUUUGCCGUAUGGAUGGAAGUCGAGGCUCACCAAUUCGAUCCAGUAGCCACUAAACUCAACUAUGAGCUAGGUUACAAGCUUUACUUGGGCAUGGAAACCGACAACACGGUUGUUGAAGAGUACGGAGCUAAGUUGGCUAAGGUCCUAGACGUUUACGAGGCACGAUUAGCAACGUCAAAGUACCUAGCCGGCGAUUCAUUCACUUUGGCUGAUCUUCAUCAUUUGCCUGCACUUAAAUACAUGAUGCUUAAUAAAAUGAAGCAAUUGGUCGAUGAACGCCCUCAUGUUAGCGCUUGGUGCAAGGAUAUCUUGGCUAGGCCUGCUUGGGUAAAGGCUUGGGCCAUGCAAAAUGAUCUUAAUUAAUUUUAACUUAUUGUCACCAACCUCAUCAAUAUUAGCUUUGUAAUGGUUGGUUGUACCAUGUCCAAUCUUGUAUUCUUAUAUUAUAUUAUGUUGGUGUUUUACUACUUGUGUUGCGUAUCAGUUGUAAUCGUUAUUAAUAAAAGUAUAUUUGGAAAUCCAGUAUAUUAUUGUUUUCUUAUAAA